AUGACUGAGUUGCCGACUCUCCGUCUUCCCCGCACGCAAUACCCGGCUCCUGCGCCCACGUCCUAUACUACUAUCUCUCGGCUUCUCAGCGUUGUUGUUGAAUAGUCCUUCCACAGCCAAGAAUACAAACCAAGUUAGAAAGCUACACAAGCCCCCCCCUCGGGAAUGCCACCAAAACCUUCCCACUCACACCGAAGAGCGCAGAAGCGAAUUGCCGUCGCAUGCCAUCGGUGUCAUUCCCGCAAGGUGAAAUGCAACGCACAGAAUGGCGUUUCCUGCAGCGGCUGUUUGGCAAGCAACACUCCGUGUGUCUUGAUUGAUUCUCAGCGGGGGCGUUAUGUCCGACAAGCCAAGCGAUCAGCCCAUUCCGCCCUCCAGUUUACUAGAAACGCCGAGAUGGAGACACGUCACCCCCCUCAUGAUGAAGCCCAUAUCGCCGUUACCUUGGACCAGUCUGAUGUCGCGCAACCGUCGGCUCCACCGGCCCGUCCAGAUGCAGAUGCAGACUCGAACAACCGGUUCUACUUGCACAUUGCCGACCAGGGGGUCAGGUCCUCACCAGCGCCUAUCACGGACGAAGCAAGCACUCUUUUCUUAGGCGAGUCAUUCAGCCUUACGUACGUAGUCCACGAUGUUCUAGCUCCGUUCCUCUGCAAGACCCCGGCGUUCCAAAAGCGGUUGCACUUCCCCAUCGCCAAAGGUUUCGACCCCAGUGACCAAGGGCAGCAUAAUAUUGUCCAGGCGCAGACUUGUCUGCUGGAGAAGCGAGGCAUCUUUUUCCUUCCCAGCGAUGAUGCCCUCCAACGACUACUUCUGGUCUAUUUCCGAUACUUUCACCCGGCAUUUCCAGUCAUCCGUCGGUCAGAGUUCUUACAAAAAUGUCAGUCAAACCAAAUGUCUCUACUAGUCCUGUGCGGGGUCCUCAUGGUCGCUACAACAAUGUGCAGUGGUGCCGAUCUAGCUUUGGCCGGCUUUCCCCAUAGACACCAGGCCCGUGAGACCUUCUACCAGCAAGCUCGAGCCCUGUACGACUCGGACUCUGAUCCGGACAAGAUAAACAACGUAGUCGCUGUAUUUCUUCUCAGUUUCUGGUGGGGUGGCCCCAACGAUCAGAAGGAUUCUUGGUAUUGGCUGGGGAUUGCCAUUGGAGCUGCGCAGAGUCUGGGAUUGCACCGUUCGACAUCGAAAUCCCACAUGAGUAGCCAGACUGCUCAGUUAUGGAGAAGAAUCUGGUGGAGCUUGCGGAUUCGAGAUGCUCUUGUCAGCGGAUCAAUCGGCAGACCCCAGCACUUUUCCGUUAACGACUGCGAUGUCGAGAUGCUGGAUCCCCGAGACUUGGAAGAUUGUGAAUUCCUCGCUGGCUCCGAGGAAGAACACUAUUCAAGUCAAAUGGCUCAUCUAUCUACCAUAUUCAGCCGCAUUGUGGCAUCACGAUAUGCCGCACAACACCCAAGUGAUGUUAGUGAAAAGCUUAAACUAGAAAGUGAGCUUGAUCAUUUCCGAGCACAAAUACCACGGGAGUUACAGUAUCAGGGAAUCGAUAGUGAGACUGGGAAGGGCCUAUGGCCCGUAAUGCUUCUGAUGGCUUAUGACUUUGGAAUCAUCUUGCUCUGUCGGCAACCCCGAAGCACCCGCGACGAAAACGAAAAGCUAUGGGGCAACCACCAGAAGGCUAUGGCGGCAGCCAACGAGGCUACCCGGUUAAUGGAGGAUAUUUUGGCAGCCUCCAUGGGGAAUGUGUGCCAAAUUCAUACAAUCCCGGCUCUUUUCAAUUCGCUGGCAAUGCACGUCUUUUCUAUGUGCACAUCUGGCAAAUUUGGUCGUGAUCUGGCAGAAAUCCGAGCACAGGUCUGUAUGCUGGGACUGACCUCGUUGCAGGAGAGCUGGCCCGUCAGCGGCUGGAUCUUGAAGCUGUUUAUGGAUAUCAUGGAAAGGCUGAAGAACAUCACACGAUGCCAAAAUACCCAGCGGGAUCAAGAGACUGAAUUAGAUGCCGAUUCAUCCACACGACAGUCAUCUAAGGGCAGAAAUAUAGAUCCUCCAACACCAUCGCCGUUCACCGAGCCAGGGGUAACCCUGACGAGCACCGAAACUCUCAAUCAACUAGAUACAGCCUUUGCUGGCGACACGGAUAUUUACCCGAAUCUGUUUGUGAUGGACGACCUAUUUCAGGAUCCGAGCUUAGAGCAAACCUCUUUCUUUGACCUCCUCAGACUGCCUAGUUUGGAUCUAAUAUGAUGCUACAAGCUGUGGUAGCUUUAUUGUAGAGUAUGAAACUACCACGGCUCUGACUCGAGCAAUAAAUUCCCCGACGACCACUGAGUCAUAUUGCUCAGUGAGAUGCUCCAGUAAUCAUCCUGACAGGGAACUAGUCAAUGCUCAAUCAUACUGUCGGCCACAUAUCCUUGCUAGAUGCGAAUAUAAUGGUCAUCCUUAAUACAGCAAUGAUGAUCCCAACCAUACCCG